AUGUUGUUUUUGUUGUUUUCGGCGUUUGUUGUUGCGGACGGUGCGAAGAUUUUGGGAUUCUUUUCGUUACCAUGCUAUAGUCAUCAAGUUACUUUUAAUUCACUUUCGAGGGAACUCUCUUUGAGGGGUCACCAGUUGACGGUGAUUACUCCGAACCCGAUAAACGACCCGACCUUGAGCAAUCUGACCGAGAUCGAUUUGCACGAUGCGUCUUAUAGGGUUUUCGAUAAGUAUAAUAUUUCUCGACUCAGUAUAAUGGACGAGAAGGAUGGAAACAGGAUGGACAUCUUCAUGGAGUUGAGCUACGAUUUGAUACGUGCACAGCUUUCACAUCCUCGGGUAGCUGAGAUCAUAAGGAAUGAUGCGGGAGAAGAAUUCGAUCUGUGUUUGAUUGAAUACAUAAUUCCUGGUCCAUAUCCUCUAAUAGAUGUCUACAAGUGUCCCAUGAUUGCUGUUUCUUCAAUGCCUACCAUGAUCUAUGGACACGAAACAAUAGGGAAUCCGAACCAUCCUUCUGUAUUCCCUGACAUCAAUCUACCGAUGCCCUCAAUCCUCAACCUUUUCCAGAGAGUCCAAAGCUUCCUAUUCUGGGUAUCAAAUCGUUUAUCUAUGAACGAUAUCGAUUUCAAAUUUGAUUCUCUGUUACGCGAAUUCUACAACCAAUCAACCAGAUCCGUAUCGGAGCUCAAACUGGACAUAGAUUUGGUCAUAGCCAACGCGAAUCCCAUCCUCAACGUGCCCAGACCGACUGUACCAAAUUACAUCAAACUCGCCGGGCUCCAUCUGCAUCCGCCAAAACCUCUACCAACGGACAUCCUCGAGCUGCUGGACCAAAGCCCUGGACCUGUUAUUUACAUGAGCUUCGGAUCAACUAUAAAAAGCGAUUUACUGCCUUCGCGGACGAUCCGAAUGCUCCUCGACGUUUUCGCAGAACUGCCCCACAAAAUAUUAUGGAAAUUCGAAUCCGAUAAUCUGCCGGCACGACCAGACAACGUGCAGAUACGACCGUGGUUCCCGCAGCAAGAUUUACUAGGACAUCCGAAAGUGAAACUGUUUAUAACACAAGGUGGUAUCCAAUCUUUGGAUGAGGCCCUCUUUAGCGGAACUCCGGUGGUUGUGAUCCCGUUUUGCGGUGACCAAUUCUCGAACGCUCUAAGAGUCGAGGACGUGGGUCUGGGAAGAUCGAUACCCUUCGCGGAGCUGACGAAGGACAAUUUAAAAUCUACCAUCCUGCAAGCCCUUAACGAAACGUAUCCGCAUUAUCUAUUUUAUGCAGUCGAGUCGACGAGAUACUCGAGGAGAGCAAAGGAACUUAGCAGGCUUGUACAGGAUAGGCCGAUGACCGCUCUGGAGGAGGCCGUCUGGUGGGUCGAGUUCGUCCUGCGGCACAAAGGCGCUGAUCACUUGAAAAGUCCUCUGCGUCGCAUGCCUUGGUAUCAGUUUUUCUGCUUGGACGUCGUCGCCGUUCUGGUCGCACCUCCGAUCCUCUUGAUUGUCCUCAUUAAAAUGCUUUUAAUGAUGCGCAGGAGAAGGCUCUCAACCAAACACAAAAAAGAUUAA